AUGUCUGUUUUCGUCGAUGACAACCUGCCCGACGAGCAGCAGAAUGAGACGUUCAUGUGCUUGAGGGCGGAGUUCGGGGACUACAAACCGCCCACCAAGGACGAGGCAGCUUCGUACCGCAUACUCCUAACGGCGAUGGAGAAUACCAACGAUCUCUUCGCCGACUAUCAGCCGCACAACACGAGCGUCUUCAGCGUCUUGGACGAUAUGGGCAUCGCCACGACAGACUGGGUGGGAACGGCGGCAUCUUCAGCUACUUCGUUGUCGGUUUCCACGCCGACCCUAGCGAGGACCCACUCGCGGGGGCCGGUCUUGAUGCGAAGCUUGGACCUCAUCCUUUUGAAGGGGACGCGGAGGGCCGAUUUCCUGAGCGCCACGCCAGACUCGGCCAACGCAAACCGCAUCAUCUGCCACGGCGUACUAAACGGCGUGAAGUACAUUGGCAGGACGGACCCCAGGGUGCCAAUACCAAGCGUAGACCUUCAAAAUCAGGUGAGAACAGCUCACCCCGUCGCCCUGGGGAACGGCGCCGUCGACGCUUUGCUGGCGUACUUUCGAGUGGCGAACCAGGAGACGGCCAAUGUCGACGAUAUGGUGACACUGCUUGCCGCGUUGGAGUCCCUGAUUCUUGGCGAUGACGACGUAACGUCCCAGCUCAAGGCGGAGGACUCGAGGACCGCCAACGACUUCCAGCACUUCCCCGGGGGUUUUGUCUGGCACUUGGCCAACGAUGACGCGUCCAUGCCGUAA